CAAUGGAUGGUAAAAGCUGCCCGCCGCCCGCCUAGUACGACUGCGGCACGUUGGGCAGACCCACGAGAGUUAAGAGCGAACUGCGGCCGCCCCAGACUGAAAAGGAGGACAGGCAGCACUCGUCCCUGGGAUCGCUCGUAGCCGACCCCUUGCCGACCCCUUAGUUCUUUGUGAAUGUCCCCCAGAUGCUUCUAAUACGGGCUCCGCGGCCCCGUGCGAGCCUGCGGGGGGCGGGACCAUCUGGUCCAACCUCGGUUUCGAGCCACGCCCGCCGGAGGUUUGGCCCACUCCCCGCCCGGGCCUCCUGGGCCUUGCGGAGGCCUCGGGACCGGUUCGACCGAGUUAGGAUUGAACAGGCCGCGGCCAGAAUUGCCCGAACACAGCCAGGUCGCAGCCAACCAAGGGUGCUGCGAGGCAUGGACCAGGAGCAUCGCGGGACCUGGUUCGGCUUCGGUUUCUGCGGCUUCGGGCAGGCGCUGGGCUCGGGGCUCGGGCGCCAGGUGCACAGCCCCGAGCCGCUGAGGACGCCGGGCGGCAACCUCGACGUCUGCAGCGUGAGCGCGAGCUGGAGCUACACCGCCUUUGUGACCCGUGGAGGCCGGGUGCAGCUGUCCGGCGCCGCGGGCGGUGCGGCGGGCGGAUGCACGGACGCGUGGGCGUCGGAGGAGCUCCUGGUGCUGCUGCGCGCGGGGCCGGGAGGCGGGGCGGAGCUGCAGGCCUGGGCGCCGCGUUCGGCGCUGCGCGGAGAGCCCCUCUGGUCCCAGGCCGUGCAGGAGGCGGAAGGCGGACCCAGCCGUGAUGAGACCCAGGCGGGGCCGCUGCCGCUGCUGCCCUGCGCUCGUGCCUACGUGAGCCCGCGGCCGCCCUUCUACCGGCCUCUGGCCCCUACGCUGCGGGCGCGUCGCCUGGAGCUGGGCGCCGAGCACGCGUUGCUGCUGGACACCGCGGGCCAGGUGUUCUCCUGGGGCGCGGGCAGGCAUGGACAGCUGGGCCACGGGACCCUGGAGGCCGAGCCAGAGCCCAGGCUGUUGGAGGCGCUACAGGGCCUACCCAUGGCUGAAGUCGCUGCAGGCGGCUGGCACUCUGUGUGCCUGAGUGAGACAGGAGAUAUUUAUAUCUGGGGCUGGAAUGAAUCAGGGCAGCUGGCCCUGCCCACCAAGAGUCUGGCAGAAGAUGGAAAGACAACUGCAGGAGGUGAGGCCUCAGGACUGGAUGAAGAUGGUUCUGAAGUAAAGAGAGUCUCUUCGGGUGGGGAUGGAGCCCCCGCCCCCUUCAUAGCGGUCCAGCCGUUCCCAGCUUUACUGGACCUCAGCCCGGGCUCAGAGGCAGUCAAGGUCAGCUGCGGAUCCCGGCACACGGCAGUGCUGACAAGAACGGGGGAGCUCUACACCUGGGGCUGGGGUAAAUAUGGACAGCUUGGCCACAAGGACACAACCACUUUGGACCGGCCCUGCCGUGUGGAGUACUUUGUAGAUAAGCAACUCCAAGUAAGAACUGUGAGCUGUGGGCCCUGGAACACCUACGUGUAUGCUGUGGAGAAAGAGAAGAGCUGACCUGUGGAUAAGGGUAUAAAAUAACAGUAGAGUGGGAAAUUAUAAAGCCAACACCUGUGAAACUCCCCACAGGGCAAGGAAAACCACUGCCAGCACCUAGAGGCCUCACCUUUGCCCCUCCCGUUCACAGCCCUCUUGCUCCACCUUAGAGCAGGUGGCAUCUUCAACUUUGUCCCCCCAUUAGAAACACCUGGAGGGAACUCCCUGGUGGUCCAGUGGUUAGGACUCUGCGUUUUCACUGCUGAGGGCGCAGAUUCAAUCCCUAGUCGGAGAACUAGGAUUCCAUAGGCUGCAGGGCUCGCUGUGCCCCACACUCCCAGAAAAAAAGAGAGAAGCACCUGGAGAUUUGUAACUGGAUGCCUAGAGAUGGCAUCAUGAAGAGAAAGUGAAAGUUGCCCAGUCACGUCCGGCUCUUUCUACCCCAUGGACUAUACAGUCCAUGGAACUCUCUAGGCCAGAAUACUGGAGUGGGUAGCCUUUCCUGUCUCCAGGGUCUCGUCCCAACCCAGGGAUCAAACCCAGGUCUCCCACAUUUCAGGCAGAUUCUUUACCAGCUGAACCAGGGCCAGCAUCUUAGACAUGAUGAAAUCAUGAACUUAAGAGUGUGGAACAUAGAUGUGGGUAGAUUUUUGAAGGGCUUUCCUACUGACUGUGACAGUCAAGAAUCCACCUGCAAUGCAGGAGACCUGGGUUAAAUCUCUCCCUGGGUCGAAUCCCUCCCUUUGUCAGGAAGAUUCCCUAGAGAAGGGAAUGCCUACAUGCUCCGGUAUUUUGCCAAGCUGCCCCAUUCCAGGUGAUUUUUGAGGUAGUGCUAAGACUGGGAACCGCUAGAGGUCAUCUUUUGUUACUCAUCUGGCCUGUUUUCACUUUGAAUCUUACCAAUCCAUGUAUGCCUCUUUAUACAGUAAAAUUUGUCUGCUUUUGAACUUUA